AACGAACGGGCACGUUUCAUUUUUCUCGAAUGUAGGAGCAUUUCCAGCAUCGCAUCCCCCUUAAACAUGCCAAUUGAACCAUAGAGGGAACACUCUGGAUUGUGUGAUGCACCCUGCCACUGUGCGCCUUCAUCCUUUUCCGACUAAAACCAAAACGCUUUUCUGAGUGCGCAGAGAGAGAGAGAGAGAGAGAGAGAGAGAGUCGAACUUUUUUGAUUCCAAAUUCCGCAAAUUCGUUAACUAUUUUUUUUUUUCCCGCGAAUUCCUUUUUCGCGUCCUAAAUUUCUCACGUAAAUCAAAGCGGCGAUUGGGGAUUUCGUUCGAUCACUUUGUGCAUGAAUUUUGAAUUCCCGUAAGUUCCACCUCAUGGUGGCGACCGUGACGGCGGGGAAGAGCCUCCAGGUGUCGCCGACGAGCUCGAGGUCGGUCACAGAGACGGUGAAUGGGUCGCACAAGUUUGUGAUUCAGGGGUAUUCUUUGGCGAAAGGGAUGGGAGUUGGAAAGCACAUUUCGAGCGAUUUGUUCUCUGUUGGAGGUUAUGAUUGGGCGAUUUACUUCUAUCCUGACGGCAAGAACCCCGAGGACAAUUCAGCGUACGUUUCGGUUUUCAUCGCUUUAGCCAGCGAGGGCACCGAUGUGAGGGCACUGUUUGAGCUCACACUUGUGGACCAGAGCGGGCAAGGGAAGCACAAGGUUCACAGCCAUUUUGACCGGUCUCUUGAGAGCGGUCCAUAUACGCUCAAAUACAAGGGUAGCAUGUGGGGAUACAAGCGAUUUUUUAGACGGUCUUUGCUUGAAACCUCUGACUACCUCAAGGGUGAUUGCUUGAAAAUCAACUGUACAGUAGGAGUUGUGGUUUCAGUUAUAGAUUGUCCACAGCUUAAUGUGAUAAAGGUCCCAGAAUCUGACAUGGGAGCACAGUUUGGAGUGCUAUUGGAAAAUGUGGAAGGUUCAGAUGUUACUUUUAAUAUUUCUGGAGAAAAGAUCCCUGCUCAUAAGUUGGUGUUGGCUGCUAGAUCCCCAAAAUUUUGGUCUAGAUUUUUUGAUGUUUCAGAUGAUGAUACACAAGAGAUUUUCAUAAGAGAUAUAGAACCUAAGGUUUUUAAGGCGAUGCUGCACUUUAUGUAUAGGGAUACCUUCACAGAAGAUGUGGACAUGGAUCUUUCAACCUCAACUAGCGAAUCCAUGGUGUCUGAGACAUUGGCAGCGAAGUUGUUGGCUGCAGCAGACAAUUAUGGAUUGGAGAGGCUUAAACUGAUUUGUGAAUCUCGACUCUGCAAGGACAUCUAUGUGAGCUCUGUAGCUGACAUUUUAACCUUGGCUGACCAAUGCCAUGCCAUGGAGUUAAAAGCUGUUUGCCUAAAAUUUGCUGCUUAUAAUCUAGCAGCCGUGAUGAGGUCAGACAGUUUUGAGCGCCUGAAAGAAAAAUGCCCUUGGCUACAGUCCGAGAUCCUGAAGACAAUUGCUGGGUAUGAGGGUGAUAGCAGCAGUGCAGAGGGGAAGUCUCGGAGCGUAUGGGCUCAGCUUUCAGAUGGUGGUGAUACAAAUGGUAGGAGGGUCAGGCUGAGAAUCUGAUCUAUGUAGCGAAGGGCAUGAAGAGGGAAGAUUCUUUUCUGUCCAACUCUGGCAUGAUAUGAUGAUAACUGGUCUUAAAAAAGCAGUUGAGCUACAUGUUAUGCUGGACAUUGUAAAUGUCACCAAGGACUUUUUUUGGGGGGCCAGAACUGUUUAUUUGUUGCCGAGGAAUAGAAGUUAAUGGAAAAGGGUGAACUAGAUAGGGGAUUGACCCUCUUUAUCUCAGCCAUCUUCUGUCUUUCCUAGGUUUUCUAACUCGAACCCUCAUUUUUGCACAUUUAAUUGCUCCGUUUGGUUAACAGGGUAUGAAAAAUCUUUCAAGUUAUUACCCCA